UGGCUGAGUGUGCCUUGAGCAUCUAUCUAGUAGUAGUUAGGUACCUAAGUCGUAAAUUAUAAAACAGGUAAAAGGGGCGAGAAAGGAGAAUGAAAAUGCUAAUCCUCCUCGAUAUACUGAAUCAAAGUCAAAGCAGCAAAGACCUUCAGCGAGAAAUUUCCCUCAAUGGCAUCAAAUAACGAGAGUUUUGGGUCAAUAGGUGUUUCCCUUGGACUCAUUAGCCUCCCAUACUUGCCAACUAUCGUAACCGAAUGGGCAGCUCUAAUACCCCUGGCCAUUCAUCUGGCCAGUUACCAAGACGAUUAUAUCACAACUGGCAAUAUUUCUUUACUCGGGAGGCUCCCAGCUAGCUUAUUCCCCGCUUUGGGGACCUUCUCCAACAUUGCCCGUUUUCUUGAACGGGAUCCCGAAUAUUUGGAUUAUGCAAGUACGAAAGGGGGGCUUGGCCAAAAGGCCUGGGAUGUAAAUUGGGGUAGCACGUUCCCAGUGGCCAAUGGCGCUGCGAGUGCUUCCAUUAUCUCAUUUUUAUUGAAAAAACGACGGCUACCAAUUAUGAACAUACAUGCAUGGAUCACUCCAAGCAAUUUGCCUGCGGCGUCAUCUCGGAGCACUCAGGUCCAAAAACGACGCGAGGAUACGUAUCGACCACAGAUUUUAAACAUAUACAACUUUAGAAGAGUGGAUAAACGAAGGCAAAGACGGUCCCCUUUUAGACAUGUGCUCAACCAAUUAGGAGAACUCAGACUGUUUCGAGCCCUUUUGUUUAUUGGUCUGCUCGCAUUGGCGGUCUUCUUCGUUCUUUCUGGCGCGUUCGGGACUGCUGCGGUGGUAUUCAUUCGCGUAGUAUGCGAGGUCUAUAUCCAUUCAAUUGCAAUUAGACGGCCGCUAGGAUACCUGGAAAACAACGAAACACAUGAUGCUUUUAUGCUUGUGGCCGCGCACGAAAACGCUAUGGAAUGGCAUCUAUACACAGGCGACCGAGGGAUUGUUGAUACUCUGCUAAACAAGCCGAUGAUCAUGCUCCCAGAAGGAAGGGGGGCUUACAUAGCCGCUACGUGGUUUCGAUGUGCUCAUAUCUGCCAACUUAUGGCUAUGACUUUCGUUGCAGCUCAGAAAGGAUGGGAUGGUGUGUGUCUAAUAUUUCUAUUGAUCGCCCAUUAUGGUCUUACUUGGCUCUUCAACCGCAAGGCUCUAGCAAGUAAUUGGAUGGAGCGAGAGCACGCUGAAGCGGAGGCUGGGAGGUUUGAAUUCUCAGGCCGACAUGGUAUUAUUGGGGCAAUUCAGUUACUGAGCGGAACAAAGAUCAACAAUUGGAUGGAUGAUAUCUUGGUACCCCAUCCUCGCCGUGACUUUUGGCUGGAGUCAUUAAUGCUACCAGAAGGCAAAACCCUGCAAUAUCCUGCGGGAUUUAACGAGCAUGACAAAAAGAAAGUCGAAAGAGAUGUUGCAACGGCUAGGAAAGCAGUUAUGGUUAUCAAGCAAUGCAUGCCAGGCUCGACGGCAAUCGCUUAAACAUCACCCUUGCUUGGCGAGUGCUACCGUAGGUAGGCUACGGAGAAUACCAUAGCAGAUUAGCUAGACGGAUAUGCGGUUUUCGCGGGUUCUUGCCGGCACAGCCUCAACAUUUCUUUUCUUUAUUAUAUUAUUACUAGGUAUGGUGACUAUAUAAUUAAAUACUCAUCAUUGCUACUUUAUCUUGAAAGCGUGCAAAGAACCGAUUUGUCAAACUCGUGCUGCAUUCUGCAAUAUGAUAGACUGAUCCCUUGUCACUCCCGCCUUUCCUUUCCUUUUUAGUGCCAGCCAACUUACCAGCUGCUGCUGACAAGAUAAAUGAGAGUUGUAGAGAGCCUCAUUCUACCACAGGCCUCUCUAGAAACAUCUAUCUCGGUGAGGGAUCCUAUCACACAGGGAUAUGCGCCAAAUUAUUUCCGGUUACAGGAGACGGCGAUACCAGCGGCUAGAAUGAGCGUUUAGUAUCCUAUUGGAGACAGUUGGUCGGCAGGCUGAGCCCUUAUAUGCAAGAAGGACCACCACGAG